GACAAGCAGAUUCGUUGACAGAGGGUGGUAUCUAGGGGCAGUGGUGGCUGGGCCUAGACCCUGUCCCCUAACUGUCUUCCCCACCCUGAGGCCCUGGCACCCAGGGUGGCCUUUCCCUCCAUGGAACUUGGUCCUCCGAGGAACUGAAGAAGACUGACAGAAGCAGGGCCUAGCAUCUCUGGAACCUCCACAGGACCAUUUCUCUGUGGGAAGGAACCGGAAAGCCCCCCAUCCUUUGUCAGUUCUGUGUCAGCCUAGAUACCAUCAAGUGGUGCUCUCAGGGAGUCCACGAUGCCAGAUGCAGCUGCCCACCUGCCCUUCUUCUACGGGAGCAUCUCGAGGGCGGAGGCAGAAGAGCACCUGAAGCUGGCAGGCAUGUCGGAUGGGCUCUUCCUGCUCCGCCAGUGCCUCCGUAGCCUGGGGGGCUACGUGCUGUCCCUGGUGUAUGACCUGCACAUCCAUCAUUACCCCAUCGAGCGUCAGCUGAACGGCACCUACGCCAUUGCUGGGGGCAAGCCUCACUGCGGCCCAGCCGAGCUCUGCGAGUUCUACUCCAAGGAUGCCGAUGGCCUCCCCUGCGCCCUGCGGAAGCCUUGCAACAGGCCCAGCGGUAUGGAGCCCCAGCCAGGCGUCUUUGACAGCCUUCGGGAGAGCAUGGUUCGAGAUUAUGUGCGCCAGACCUGGAAACUAGAGGGGGAUGCCCUUGAGCAGGCCAUCAUCAGCCAGGCCCCCCAGGUAGAGAAGCUCAUUGCCACCACAGCCCACGAGCGCAUGCCUUGGUACCACAGCUCCAUCUCCAGAGAGGAAGCUGAACGUAAACUCUACUCAGGCUCCCAACACGAUGGCAAGUUCUUGCUUAGGCCCAGGAAGGAGCAAGGCUCCUAUGCUUUGUCCCUCAUCUAUGGCAAGACUGUCUACCACUACCUCAUCAACCAGGACAAGUCUGGCAAGUACUGUAUUCCUGAGGGCACAAAGUUUGACACCUUGUGGCAGGUAAGCAGCCCAGGCCCCAUUCACAUUCCACCUUCCUUGUCUUUCUGCUCUUCCCACCUAAUUACCCAGACUCCUAGCCCCCCAUUUAUAUUUGUUACCUGCUCCCACUCACUGCCUCUCUCUCCUUUUGAGGAGACCCUGAGAAGGGGGCCUGGGCCUGCUCCCCUACCAGGGCUGGAUGGGACUCUGGUGGAGGUGAUAUCCCUGAUAUCUUUACCUUCCUCCUCUCCCUGCCAGCUGGUGGAGUAUCUGAAGCUGAAGGCAGAUGGGCUUAUCUACUGUCUGAAGGAGAUUUGUCCUAAUGCCAGUGCUUCUACUGCUGCCGUGACUGCUGCUCCCACACUCCCUGUCCAUCCCUCCUUGCCUAGAAGGAAUGAUACCCUUAACUCCGAUGGAUACACCCCUGAGCCAGCGAGUCUGAGCAAGAGUCAAGGUGAGAAGUCUCGGGUCCUGCCCAUGGACACCAGCGUGUACGAGAGCCCCUACAGUGACCCCGAAGAGCUCAAGGACAAGAAACUCUUCCUAAAGAGGGAGAAUCUGAUGAUUGACGAGGUUGAGCUGGGCUCGGGCAACUUUGGCUGUGUGCGCAAGGGCGUCUACAAGAUGAGGAAGAAGCAGAUUGAUGUGGCCAUCAAGGUGCUUAAGAGCGCCAACGAGAAGUCUGAGAAGGACGAGAUGAUGAAGGAGGCGCAGAUCAUGCACCAGCUGGACAACCCCUACAUCGUGCGCAUCAUCGGCGUGUGCAAGGCCGAGGCCCUCAUGCUGGUCAUGGAGAUGGCCAUGGCGGGGCCUCUGAACAAGUUCCUGGCUGCCAAGAAGGAGGAGGUCCCUGUGAGCAAUGUUGUAGAGCUGAUGCACCAGGUGUCCAUGGGCAUGAAAUAUCUAGAAGAAAAAAAUUUUGUGCACCGUGACCUGGCUGCCCGAAAUGUUCUCCUGGUCAACCAGCACUAUGCCAAGAUCAGUGACUUUGGUUUAUCCAAGGCAUUGGGGGCCGAUGACAGCUACUACACCGCCCGCUCUGCAGGGAAGUGGCCGCUCAAAUGGUAUGCCCCAGAGUGCAUCAACUACCGGAAAUUCUCCAGCCGAAGUGAUGUGUGGAGCUAUGGAGUCACCAUGUGGGAAGCUUUUACCUUUGGCCAGAAGCCCUAUAAGAAAAUGAAAGGCCCCGAGGUCAUCAAAUUCAUUGAAGAGGGUAAGCGGAUGGAUUGCCCUCCUGAGUGCCCACCAGACAUGUACACGCUCAUGACAGACUGCUGGAUAUAUAAGUGGGAGGAUCGUCCAAGCUUCUCGGAUGUGGAACAGCGCAUUAGAACCUACUAUUAUAGCCUGGCCACUAAGGCAGAAGAGGUCUCAGAUGCCGCUCAAGCAGAGGGGGCUACGAGUGCCUGAGGACCAUCUCUCCUUUCUGAAUCUUCACAGUUCUUCUCAGAUCCUGGCUUUACCUUUUGCUUCUUCCCAUAGAAGGAAGACUUUUUCCCAUGCCAGCAAGACCACUGCCUUCCUCCUCACCCAGAUGCCUGAAGCUCCUUCCCAUUUGCAUCUCCACCCCAACCAGAGGAUUAAAAACUCCAGACUUUGGGGUGAAUGUUCUACAGGAAAGCUAGGCCCCUUUCUGCAUCCUUUCCCUGGGUACUCAGGGCUUGUGGGUGCUUGGAAGAUACAACUGGUCCUAUCCCUCUGCCUUCUUCUUUGAUGGACUUGGGCCUCAGCUCUGGGCU